GAAGCUCACCAUCCACUCAUUCACCAAUACUACAUUGCACACACACACACUCUCCAUCUUUCUUUUUGUGUGUGAAAUAUGGGGUUUUCUUCAUAUGAGUAUUCAGUUUUGGUGUUGGUUUUGGCAAUGAUGGUGGCUACUGCCUCUGCUAGUAACUUCUAUCAAGACUUUGACAUAACAUGGGGCGAUCAUCGUGCUAAGAUGUUCAAUGGAGGGCAGCUUCUCUCUCUGUCCCUCGACAAGGUCUCUGGCUCUGGCUUCCAGUCCAAGCGAGAGUAUCUAUUUGGGAGGAUCGAUAUGCAACUCAAGCUAGUUGCUGGCAACUCUGCUGGCACUGUCACUGCCUACUAUUUGUCGUCUCAGGGACCGACACACGAUGAGAUCGACUUCGAGUUCUUAGGAAACCUUAGUGGGGAUCCAUAUAUCCUGCAUACUAAUGUGUUCACUCAAGGGAAAGGGAACAGGGAGCAACAGUUCUAUCUCUGGUUCGACCCCACUAGAAAUUUCCACACCUAUUCCGUCAUCUGGAACCCCCAGCAGAUCAUUUUCUUGGUGGAUAAUACUCCCAUAAGACUAUUCAGAAAUGCAGAAUCAAUGGGUGUUCCCUUCCCAAAGAACCAACCAAUGAGAAUUUACUCGAGCCUAUGGAAUGCGGACGACUGGGCCACAAGAGGAGGGUUGGUGAAAACUGAUUGGUCCAAAGCCCCCUUUACAGCAUACUACAGGAACUUCAGAGCCUACACCUCCACCUCCUCAAACUCAUUCUCUAAUAGUGCAUGGCAGUUCCAAGAGCUUGAUGCCAAUAGCCGAAGACGACUGAGAUGGGUUCAGAAAAAUUUCAUGAUUUACAACUAUUGUACCGACUACAAACGCUUCCCUCAAGGCCUUCCUCCUGAGUGUAAAAACUCAAAAGUUUAAUCUCUGGAAGACAGGAUAAGGAUCUCUACUAAAAGAAAGAAUUGAGUUUGUAUUAUAUUUCAUGGUAGAGAUCAUUUAGUACUUCUGUUGUGCAUAUUCCACUUGUUUGGGUGCUUAAGAGGUUAAAUAAACUAUAUUGUUGACAAUUGUUUGUUGCUUGAAUCAUGGGUUUAAUGUAACAAAAGUAUACUUCAGCCA